AUGGCGACCACAGACCGUGAGAUCGAGACUGCUGCUGCACCCCCCAACUACGAUAAUGAGGAUGUCACCAAGCAUGUCGUCUUGAACGAAAAGGCGGCUAUGGACUCUGAUCUCGAUAAGGAGAACCAGGUCAGCGCAGAUGGCGAGGAACCUACUCUGCUCGAGAAGACUUCUUUGCGUCAUGUCGCAGAGAACUUGCCUGCCUCCGCCUGGUUGGUGGCCAUCGUCGAGUUGUGUGAGCGUUUCACCUACUACGGCAUGUCUGGUUUAUUCCAGAACUACGUCCAGCGUCCUCUCGAUGGCAGCCAGGGCCGCGGUGCUCUCGGCAUGGAUCACCAGGGUGCAACCGGUCUCGUCACUUUCUUCCAGUUCUGGUGCUACGUUACUCCCAUCAUUGGUGCCAUCAUCGCUGAUCAGUACCUCGGCAAGUACAAGACCAUUGUGCUUUUCUGUAUGGUCUAUAUGGUCGGUCUGCUCAUCCUGGUCUGCACGUCCAUUCCCACUGCCCUGCAGCACGGCUCGGGUAUCGGUGGUUUCAUCGUCGCCAUUUUGAUCAUCGGUCUCGGUACCGGUGGUAUCAAGAGUAACGUCGCCCCGUUGAUUGCCGACCAGUACAAGCGCAAGAAGAUGGCCAUUUCUACAACCAAGAAGGGCGAGCGUGUUAUCAUCGAUCCCGCUCUCACCAUCCAGCGUAUCUACAUGAUCUUCUACGGAUGCAUCAACGUUGGAUCGCUCUCUCUCCUCGCUACUCCCUACAUGGAGUUGUACAUUGACUUCUGGCCCGCCUACCUUCUCUGUCUCUGCGUGUUCAUGGUCGGUACCCUGGUGGUAGUCCUCGGCCGCAAGUACUACGUGGUCCGCCCUCCCCAGGGCUCCAUCAUCACAGAUGCCUUCCGCGCUCUGUGGAUCAUGAUCAAGAACCGCAACAUGGACGCUCCCAAGCCCUCCUGGCAGCAGGAGCACGGCGGCGCCGCUGUCGUCCGCUGGGACGACCACUUCAUUGAUGAGUUGCAGCGUGCGCUUGUCGCCUGCCGCGUGUUUGCCUUCUACCCCAUCUACUGGGUUGUCUACGGACAAUUCUCCGGCAACUUCGUCACCCAGGCGGGUCAGAUGAAGGGGCACGGUAUCCCCAACGAUCUGAUGCAGAACUUCGACCCGAUCUCCAUCAUCGUUUUCAUCCCUAUCCUCGAGACCCUCGUCUAUCCCGUGAUGCGCCGCCUGAAGAUCCCCUUCCGCCCGAUCACCCGUAUCUCCCUUGGUUUCAUCGUUGCCUCGCUGGCCAUGAUGUACGCCGCCAUUGUGCAGCACCUGAUCUACUCUGCCGGCCCCUGCUACGGCCAGCCGCUCUGUGACGCCUCUGUGGUGGACGGCACCGCCUACGGCAACAACGUGCACAUCGCCAUCCAGACGCCCGCCUACGUGUUCAUCGGUAUCUCCGAGAUUUUCGCCUCCGUCUCCGGUCUCGAGUACGCCUACACCAAGGCCCCGCCCAGCAUGAAGUCUUUCGUGCAGUCCAUGUACCUGCUCACCAACGCCUUCGGCUCCGCCCUCGCCGAGGCCCUGACCCCGGCCGCCUUCGAUCCCGCCAUCAUGUGGAUGUUCACCGGUCUCGCCUGUGCAUCCUUCCUGGUGGGUGUCGUCUUCUACAUUGUCUUCCGUCACCUGAACGCCAAGGAAGACGACAUGAACGCCCUUGAUGCCGAUGACCCAAUGCCCGAGGCUCCUAUUGUCGAGUCACGACGUGCAUCGCACGCUCAGUAA